UAUACUUUUUUUUUUGAACAAGCAAACAAAUCAUUCCAAGUCACAACUCAAUUUUCGGGCCAAAUCUACUAAAAUGAACAUCGUGCGGAAGCUUCGAGUGGUCCAGCUGAGAUCGACGACAGCGGCCGCUUCGAAAUGGUUUUCCGACAAGGGAAAGACUCCACCCAAGGGCAAGGACAGUGGCCAAAGCAAGGACAGUGGCAAAGGGAAGGCCUCUGGCAAAGCCAAGGAAAGUAGCAAGGGCAAAGACGGUGGCAAGGGCAAGAGCGGUGGUACUACAAAGGGCUUUUGCCAAGGCGAUGGCAAGAAAAAGGAAAAGAGCAAAAAUAAAAAGGUCACCAUGAUCAUGGGCGAGGGCGUUGGACCCGAAGUUAUGUGCGCUGUACAGCAGGUCCUCAAAGCGGCUAAGGCGCCCAUCGAAUGGGAGAUCUUUGAGGAAUGCAAGUCACCCGAUAACGAGGAUGUGCCGCCGACGAUCCUGGAGUCACUGGAACGCAAUAAGGUCGGCAUCAAAGGUCCUGUGUCGAGUCGCAAUUGGCAGCGCCACCUUCGCAAGGCCUUCGAACAGUUCGCUUAUGUAUCGAUCGUUACGAGUCUGAAGGGCGUAAAAACCCCUUUCGGAUGCUUCGACGUCGUUAUGAUUCGGGAUCAGAUGGAAGGCGAUUACUCUGGCAUCGAGCAUCUAGUGGUGCCGGGGGUUAUGCAAACAAUUAAAGUCAGUACAACAGCCGGUGCCCAGAGGAUCGCCAAAUUCAUCUUCAACUACGCACUCAAGAACAAUCGCUCCAAGAUCUCGGUGGCGCACAAGGCCAACAUUAUGCGGAUGACCGAUGGAAACUUUCUGGAUGCUAUACGCGAAGAGGCCAACAAGCAUGUGGGCAAGGUUCACUUCGAGGAACGCUACUUGGACACAGUGAUCACCAAUCUACUGAUGACGCCGAGCAAGAACGAUAUUGUGGUCUCGUCCAGCAUGUACGGCGAUGUGAUGCGAGUCAUGACGGGUGCUAUGAUGGGUGCUCCUGGCAUAACCCCCGGCUAUUCGGUCAGUGACCUGGGAUAUGUAUUUGAGUGUCGGACGAAGCUCUUCUGUGAAUUGGUUGGCAAGAAUCUGAUGAAUCCCACUGGUUCCCUGCUCUCGGCUGUCCUUAUGUUGCGGCAUCUCAAGAUGGACACUAAGGCCGAUUUGGUGGAGUGCGGCGUUCGAUCAGUGUACGCGAAUACCGAUAUUCGCACCCAGGACCUUGGCGGAUGUGCCUCGUGCUCCGAGUUUGUUCAAGCUGUCUGCGAUCAAAUAAAGUCAAGCAUGAGUUAGCUGCUCAGUUAUUUGUUUCCAUAUUCCUAUUUUCAAGGCAGACCAUGGAACCUUUUCGCUCUAAAUUAUAUGUCCCACUUUUCGGAAUAGUAUUUCUUCUUCAAAUCUACAUUUAUAGGCUAUGACGGGCCCCAAUUAAAAACUUAAUAUCAGUCAAA